AUGUCAUUUCCUGCCAAGGUGUUGGAAUACAACGUCCGGUUCGGAGACCCAGAGACACAAUCGUUGCUUGCGCUCAUGGAAAGCGAUCUCGCACUCGUCAUGCUAGCAUGUGCAGACGGCCGCUUACAAGACGUCGAUGUCAAAGUUUCGGCGAAAUCCGCAGCAACCGUCGUCGUAGCCGCUGGUGGCUACCCAGGCAGUUAUGCAAAGGGUAUACCCAUGACGCUCGACGCUGUGCCUGACGACGUCGUUCUCUUCCACGCCGGAACCAGCUUCUCAGACGGCACGCUCAAGACAUCUGGAGGCCGUGUUAUAGCCUCGACGGCGACGGCGCCCUCGCUUGAAGAAGCAGUAGCCAAGGCGUACAAGGGCGUUGAGUGCAUACAUUUCGAGGGCAUGCAGUUCCGGAAAGAUAUUGCGGGCCGAGCGUUGAGGAAGUAA